AUGUCGUUUCCCCCGCAAAAUGCAUCUCCUAAUUCACUUCCAACGGUCACGGCAGAGAGAAAGACGCAGCUUCCGCAGCCACGCGUCCGCCGCCGCAACCGCAUGAUCACGUCCUGCCUCGAAUGCCGACGUCGCAAACUCAAGUGCGACAAAGGACACCCAUGCACGAAUUGCACCAAGCUCUCGCGUCAAUGUGUUUUCAUUGCUUCUGGCCUCGACGCGGACGCUCAGGCACGGCUCGCUGAGGUCAAGGAGAAAAUGGGGAUUCUGGAGAGGAGUCUCGAAGAAGAUGUUGCCCGAGAGACUCAAUCGAGUUCUGCCAUCUCUGCUUCUUCCCUCAAGCUGCCGGGCCAAGAAGCUUCAUACAGUGACCAAGAAGACGACGAAGAUACGAAAGACCUUGACCCAUCCCAUCUGGCUACCGAAGAUGCUGCGUACUAUGAGCAUGAGGGUAACGAUGAUGUCGUUGAUCUUGGGAUAGCCAUGGGGAAAGUAAGAAUCACCGAAAGAAUCGGUGGACUUGUACGACCUAGGUUUUCCGAAGAACUCGCCCAAGCGCUCAAAGAGCUUCCGAAACGUGCACCCUCAGACUCCAUUCCCGUCUCCGAACAGGACCCCCAGACUUGGCUAGCACCCGGUCGAGACUAUGUCGCUCCAGCUUCGAGUUUCUUCUUUGCUACCGGCGUCGAAAAGACGUCACUUAUGACCCAUUUACCGUCCAAGGCCCUGGUUGAUAAAUUGGUCGCGCACUACUGGAUUGCCGUGCACGUCAUUGCAACGGCCGUCCAUCGCCCUUCAUUUGAGAGGCAGUACCACAGUUUCUGGGCGAGCGUCAAAGCCGGGAUUGAGCCUCGAAUCUCGUUCCAAGCUGUCAUAUUUGCGGUGCUACUCAGUUCGAUUGUUUCCAUGCCCGAGGACAAGGUGCUGACUGAAUUCGGUGUUGAUAAGCAGAGUCUAGUGGACAACUUCAGAGAGGGGACAGAAGCAGCACUUUCUAGGGCUAACUUCUUACGUACCACGAAGCUGGAGACCCUUCAGGCUUUCGUAAUGUAUCUCAUUCCGCUAUGCCGGAACGAAGUUUCGCGCGCUCACUCUGCACUCACCGGAACGCUUAUUCGCUUGGCAGAAUGCAUGGGACUGCACCGUGAUCCAACAACUUACAGUACUUCGCCCAUCGAAAUCCAAGUCCGGCGUCUAGUUUGGUACCAAAUUUGCUUCCUAGAUCUUCGAACCUCCGAGGCGACCGGUCCACGUCCACAAAUUCGGCCCGACGACUACGACACCCAAUUCCCUCUGAACAUCGAUGAUAUUGAUCUCGACCGGGCCGAGAGCGGUGAAAGUGGCGUCGAUGUCAGAACAGAUAGGACCCACUUCACUGACAUGACGAUCACACGCAUGCGCUUCGAGUGCUACGAGAUGCAUCGCUUCUUAUGGAACGAACGGCCAAAGCUGGAAAUGAGAAGAGAAGAUGGGGAGCGCAAGGUUACGAUUACGUCUCUGCUAUCGCGGGUCCAGUCCUUCAAGGCCGCGAUGGAAAAGACCUACGUCCCCAUGCUGAGCAAAACAGUACCAUUGCAUGCUCUCGCGUCCGAAAUGUACGGCAUCCUCUCAGGUCGACUAUACAUUCUGCUUCUGCAGAAAUAUCUGAGCUCUGAUCGUAGCAAAAUGCCGGACCGCUUACGACAGGUUAUCAUGAGCUCAUCAAUCAUGAUUCUCGAGCACUCCAUGACUAUCGAGCAACAACCUGCUUUAUCAAUGUGGUCAUGGUAUAUUGGCGCGCUGCAUCAAUAUCACGUCGCCCUCCUCUUGAUAAGUGAGCUAUAUGCUGGACCCCGUGAGCUGGCUAUCGAACAGCGAGUUUGGAAAGGCUUGGACUUUGCCUUUGAUCUCUCCAGCGGAACAUCCAACCUUGAGAAGGUCAGGAUCGUCUUAGAAGACCUAAUUGGGAAGACCCAGAUUUACGCAAGUAUGAAAGGAGUGAGAGUCCCAAACCAGAUGCCGCACGCCGGACCUCGUACGCAUACGCCUGGCUAUCAAGCCCGACAACAGGAAGCAAGAGAAGAGCGAGACCGAAGUGGAAGCCUACAAUCCACUGAAAGCAGUGCUGGUGCUGCCUCAUUUAGAUUAGGCAGAAAUGUGGCUGAGCAACAGACUUCAUCGCAGCAACAGCAACCAUAUGCUUACCAGUCGCAGCAGUCGCAAGGCCAGACCAUGUCCUUUCCGGGAUCGAUGCCUACCAUAGACUGGGGCACAAUAGAUUUACCAGCAUCAGCAGCCACAUUUCAGCAGCCUCGGCAACCUCUGCCUCCCCCAGAGUCUUUCAGUCACAGACAUCGGAGCUUCGCAGGAGGUUCGAUACCAACGAACAUGAUGGCAAGUACGGGCCAGCGUCAAGGGAGCGAUGGCAGCAGCCCAGGAGCCGCGAUCCACGCAUAUAUGGUGAGCGGGACAGCAGACAGCAGCCCUAUGGAUGCACUCAACGAAAUCGACUGGAACGACAUUGAGCUGAUGUUUGGCGGUGCCGAGAUGGAUGCAGGGAAUAUGCUCAUCCCGCCAUAUACGUUCCCGCAAUUCUCAGCUACGGAUUUGCAGUGGCCGGCGCAGGAAGGAUCGCAAUAA